UACACUCAUGAAAAGGAGUUAUAGGGAUAUUGGGACAUUUUAGUGUUUCAUUUAAAUGUUUAUUCUAUGACACAUCUGAAUUUGUAUUUUUUUGUUUUGUGAAAAUUGUUGUUCCCCACAUUUCAUUUGACUUGUAUUGCAUAUUCAUGAUUAUAUGCACCCAUAUCCCAAUUUCCCUAACUGGUUUGGAGUGAUGUGGGAGUCUUGCCAAAAGCCAGUGGACAAAUACAUUGAAUAUGACCCAGUUAUCAUCCUGAUUGAUGCCAUUUUGUGCAAGACACAGGCGUUCAGACACAUUUUGUUCAACACAAGCUUGAAUAUCCACUGGAAGUUGUGUGUGUUCUGCCUGCUGUGCGAGGCCUACCUCAGGUGGUCUCUGCUCCAUGGCUCCGAGCAGAGCAGCGACCCCGCCGACAUCAUCAGGUACACCAAGGAAUGGGAGUUCUACAGCAUGUUUGGACUGGCCAGCCUCGAGCUGUCGGCGUUCUGCGGCGGUGUGCUCUGCUUCCUCUGGGCGGUGGUGGGUCUCCUGCAGAGCAGACCCCUGGAGCUCAGCCUGCUCCUCAGAGGGCUGCUGCUGUCCUGUUAUGGCAAAGUCCUCCUGAUCCCCGCUGUCAUCUGGGAGCACGACUACUCCCCGCUCUGUCUGGGCCUCCUCAAACUGUUUGUGCUCACCUCAAACUCCCAGGCUAUCAGAGUGAUCCUGAACAGCAGCAGACGUCUGUCACUGAUGGCGGUGUGUGUCGGCCUGCUGUCAGAGACCUGCGUGGCUCAGGCCUGUAAAAAGCUCCCGUGGAGCGUCCAGGACGUUUUGACGUUUGAUUGAUGUCAGACAAAUGCCACUUAUCUCAGGGACGAUGAAGAGAUCGUGGAUGCCAACCUGUGCAAGAAAUGAACCUUCUGCCCGCAGAGCUGGAAAAUUACAAGGACAUUUAUUUUAUAAGUUUUGUUCUUCCGAGGUCCCAAAAGGAGACCGCAGAAGAGACAAUGUUUGUUUUUUUUUCUCCUGUGCUCUUUUAUAGAGAAAAAGAUCCAUCUUCUUCUUGCAGCGAUGUCGAAGAAGCGGCAGCCCUCUUUUUGUUUUUCGUUUCAAGAUUCCCUUGAGAUUUGUGUCUGUCCCAGAGAGGAGCUGCAGUAUGGGAACAUCCCCUGAUUUAAAUUACUCUCAUUCUCAGGGCCACUCUAAACACAGACCCUCAGGUUGUAAUUUGACAAUAACUGCUUCUCUGUCUGGACAGGAACCAGCCGACACUCUACACAUUCUUUGGCUCACUGGUGAAACACUCAUCGUAACUCACACACACACAGAAACAGACAGGAUAUAUUGUCAGAACAAAUGAAUAACUUAAUAAAACAGACACAACAUUGACUUUUUAUAAAUAAUUUAUUGCAGUGUUGAAAGCCAGUGAUGAGAGAGAAUGGUCAAUUGAUGAUUUAGUCUAUUAAAUGUUUGGAUAAUGAUUUUGAUACCUGAACUUUGCAGUCAAAACCGUUAAGUUGCAAACAUCCAUUGAAGACACUGCUGGGAAGUAGAAGAGUUACUGAUUCCAGCAUUAAACGCAGUAUCAGAGGCAUUUCCAAUAAUCGGAUCAACCCUAAUCCUUACUUUUUCCCAUCAUGAUUGAAACUAAUGAAAUUCUAUGAGGUGAAUUGCGAAUUAAGACGGGGUCCGCCAUUUAUUUGUUGCAUUGUUUUAGAGAAGGUUGAGCAAAAAUUCCACCAAACUGCAGCAAGAAUUUCUUCCAGGCAUCUGAGUGACAGCAAUCAUUGUAGAGCUUCAGCGGGUAAACUUUACAAAACCUCCCCGGAGUGUUUGUGCUCAAUUAGUAAAGUAAACGUCUGGAGCAGGCCGAGUGUCUGCGGAAUGAGGAGAAUUUGCUCUCUCGCGCAGUUACCUUUGGCGUAAAAGAACGGACAGCUGAACCUGCCUCGCCCCCUCCCAGGAGUCUUUGCAGGAGUCGUGCGGUUAUUAAGAACUGCUGCACAGCCGGCCGGACACGUGAGGGGAGGCGAGGCGGGAUUCUUUCUAAACAAAACCAUCUGACAGAGGACACCCCCCCCUCUCACAGAUGUAGGGACCUCCUCUCAAACAAGAUCACGGAUAACGGCAUUCAAAUUAUCAUGGAGAAAUUGACUAAUUAAUCAUUGUGAUAAGCCAUUCGUUGAUUUGAGUGAACAUUCUCUGAUCUGAGCCUUUAUAUAUGUGAAUAUUUUCUGGCGUCUUUACUCCUCUACGACGGUCAUCUGAAUUUCUUUUGGGUUGUGGACAAAAAAACCCCAGACAUUUGAGGAGCGUCGUCUUGUUAAAAGCUGAUCAGCAUUUUUCUGACAUUUUAUAAACCAAACAAUGAAUCGGUUAAUUGACGAUGCGCAAAGAAAAAUGUGAUCGCUGCAGUCCUAAGUUACCAUCGAAUUAACAGUGGCACCAAAGAGGUGACUGUUUUUGUCCGAUAUCGCUGCAAUUGUUCCCUUCUUCAUUCUGAAUUCGUCCUCUUUCUUUUGUCUUAAUAAGAAGAGACAUUUUCUUUCAAAGUGCCUUCUUUCAGUUUGCUGGUUGUUUAGCGAAUCAGCGCUUCCUCCGAGCGAGUUAUUUAUGUUAUUAUCACGAGAUGACAACUGCUGUUUGCCAGAGAUAAUGAGAUUUAGUAGAUGAGGCCAUAUAAGACCCAAAUCACUGCAGGAACAACUGCGUCAUGUGCGGCAAUGUCACGAACGAGAGCAUACUGAUCGUCGCAUCACCGUCAGACCAUCAUGAAAGAACAAAACGCUCACCUGCCCACCUGAAUGUUACCUCGUGAUAAAGACGUAAAUAACUUCUGAUCACAAGAAUAAAAAUACGAUUUAAAUCAUUAUCAUGGGAAACGGAGGGAAUGACACGUUUGACCAGUGGUUGUUUAGGGUGUCUGUUGUUGAGAACAGUUGUUCAUGAAUAUUUCUAAUAGUUAAGCCAUAAAAAUGUUAAAAUUCUCCCUUUUUUUUUGCCUCCUCAUACAUUUUCAAACGACCUGAUGCUGCCAUUGAUUUCACUGGGCUUCCGGAAUGUUUCUUACUGUGUUCAAGCUCAAGUCCUACGUGUGAUAUUGCGUUUCAGACUAAAUAUCCUAAAUAUUACAUGAUGUUUCAAAGGAGAUCUUCACGUUUAAGUGCACCUCAUUUAUCUUCUGCUUCCUACUAAUGUUUAAAAUGAACUGCUGUUGAAAUAGACGUGACUUUAUGUUACAGACGAGCCCUGAAGAAUUGGCAGUGACUAACGCAUCUGAAUAUAAAACUAUCUUGUUGGGCGAGUUUGGGUUGAGCUCGCAGAGAAACACUUAAGUUUAAAUGUUGCUCUCUGAACUGUCUGUCACACAAAUGUACGAGGAGGAAAAUAAAAUAUUUCUAUUUUUUGACAU